AUGUCAAAACUGUGGGCGAUUUGCAUCAGUCUGGUUAUCGUGUCGGUUCUCGUGCAGAAUGCCAAUGCGAAGCGAGGCUGUGCCGCGUUCGGUCAUGCCUGCUACGGAGGACACGGAAAGAGAUCCUCGUCGGUGCCGGAGGAGGGACUGCUGUACGGAAGCGCCAAUGACCGUUUGAAGAGUGGUCUGCCGCCGCUGCCCUACUUAAAGAUGCCAUUUUUGGAUCGUGCUAGAAGUUUGGACGUCGCCCCGGAACUGAGACCAGUCAGCAUCGAAGCUGGCACUGGAAUCGGUUUCAGAACCGAUGAUAACUUCGACCUCAGUGAGCAACCAUCUCUCGAGGAACAGAAUCGAUUCGACAGGGGUGUCCGAUUUGCGAUGCACGCUAUUCUUCGGCAGUUGAUGGACGAAAACCGAAUCGCAACACAGAAACGACAACAGCCGGAAGCUGGUUUUCAGAGCACCGAUGCCGGCACACAAGCUAUGAACGUCGAACAAAAGUGA